CCUGCGUUUUACCCUCCCUUAAAACGCAAACAGACCAGUUUAUUUUUUCAGCACCUUAAAAUCUCUGAAUUUCGGUGUCUGUCUCUAGACUUCAGGCGGAUUUCCGUGUUUGUCUCAUUUUCAGUUAGGUGGGGAGUGGUUUUGGAAAACACUCAUGACUGAAAAACGGCGUAAAUAAUCGCGUUUAUCUUAUUAAAAUCAUUUAAUACGACUAAAAUGUGCAGAAACAUGAAGAAUCUAAUUUUGGCUGUGCUUGUUUUGUUUCUCGGAAACGGUGUGUUUGGUUUUGAGACAAACGGAGUGAAGUCUGUGUCAGUGAUGGAGGGAGAUUCUGUCCCUCUUUACACUUGUCAGAAGGACACACAAAAAUAUGAAACCAUACUGUGGACUUACGGAUCUGAAGAUGCGGUCAUAGCUUUUUUCAGCAGGGGCAAACCGUUCUCGUUUCCUGAUGGUAAUGAGAGAUUCAAAGACAGACUCGAGAUGGAUUUUGACACCGGAUCUCUGACCAUCAGGAACAUCAGAACCAACCAUUCUGGAAUCUAUAAAGUGGAUAUGACCAGCACAAGUGGAUCCCAAUACAUGAGGAGAUUUAAUGUGACUGUAUCUGCUGUGUUUGAUCCGGAUGCUGAUAAAAUAAUCCAAAAGUUAGUGAGUGAUGGAGAUUCAAUCACUCUGAACACUGAUGUUAAGGUACAGAAAGAUGUUCUGAUACUGUGGAGAUUCGCAGGAACCAAACCCGGCGUAUACAAUAGAAACAGCAUGACUACCAUCGGUAAAAUUGACGGUGAAGCCCCCAAAGAGUUAUUUGAUCAUGGUGAAAAUGAGAAGUUUAAAAACAGACUGGAUAUUGUCAAACCCACUGGAUCUCUGAUCAUUAAAGACAUCAGACUAGAACACUCUGGGUUUUACAAACUACAGAUCAGUAAUAACACUUUGACCAGAUACAGGACAUUCAACGUUACUGUUAGUGCGGUUACGAAAUCUUGUUUGCAAGGCACUUGGAUGACGGUCGCUAUAGUAUUUAUAGUGUUUUUUGUGAUUGUAGUGGUUUUGUGUCUGGCUGUGGUCAUUAAGAAAAAGAAAGUUUUGUUCAGUAAAGGAAGCAAACCUAACCCUGUGAAAUCAGAGAUGACUGAGGAGAAAGAAUUAAUAAACAAAUCCAAAGAACACAAGACUUUUCAAUCUACAGAAUUACAGAAUACAAAGCAAAUAUUAGAAGAGGAGCCAUCAAUGUCUGCAUAAAAACAUAUUGUGAUAGGAGUUUGGGAAACAGACUGUUGCUGGUCAAUCAGACUGGAUCUUUGGCCAUCACACACUUUAAAACUGAAAACACCGGAGAAUGUCAGCCACAGAAUAAGGGUUGCAGGAAAUCCAAAGUUUCUGUCAUUAAUGAGAAGCGGAGAUCAGCUUUUUUGCUUGACUAAUAAUCCAAAUGCUUGUGGUCUGGUGGGCAGCAGAUCUGAAAUGGGGCCAGUUGCAUGAACUGCUUGGACUGGUCUUAAAAAGCUGGUCAUCACCUUUUCAGUUUGUUAUGUAACAAGUAGACUGGUCUGAUUUGAAUCUGAAACGUUAGACUUGGUGAAGUGCUUGUAAAAGACAGCGAUUACGUUUACAUGGACGUGAGUAAUCGAAUGAUUUGCCUUAAUCUGAAUAAGACAAUAAUAUGAUUAAGGUGCUUACAUGAGUUGCUUUAUGAAUGUUCCUUUCAUGAUCCCGUCUUACAUGUUGUAGCACAUAGUUCAAUUAACGCCAUUGCGUCACCACACUAUCCACAUUUCCUCCAGAGUUUCACUUUCAUUCAGGAACAUUUCAAGCAUGCCCCAUUACAAACAAGAUAUUAGAUGGGAGGAACUGCUGGAAGAGUGUUGUAUUAAUGGAAUUUGAUAAUGCACACCGUAUGGGGAAAAAAAACCUCUACAUUUUGCAAUGUGUGUGUCUGUGGUCCUUCACUGACUCAGUAGGUGCAAAGAAUAUAGUGUCGAACAUUCGUGGGUGACUAUCCUGUCACAAAAUGUGGCAGAAAUCCUACAUGACGGUAAAAAAGAUGGCGGGUUUACAUGUCUGUACUGCACUUCAAUAAUGUGACUGAAAUAGGAAUACUCCACAUGUCUUAAUUCCAUCUCUGUUUAGUUCAAUUAUGACUUUUGUCGGAUUAAGGUAAUCAAAAAUCGCUGUUUACAUGGUAGACUAUUAAUCAGAGUAUUGCGGCAGCUAGCUCUCUGCAAUUCUCACAUGGUCACACAUGAUGGUCUCGCAUAAAGCUAAGCAGGGCUGCGCCUGGUCACUACCUGGAUGGGAGACCACAUGGGAAAGCUAGGUUGCUGCUUGAAGUGGUGUUAGUGAGAACAGCAGGGGGCGUUCAACCAGUGGUCUGUGUGGGUCCUAAUGCCCCGGUAUAAUAAAUGGGACUCUAUACUGCUCUGUGAGCGCCGUCUUUCGGAUGAGACGUUAAACCGAAGUCCUGAAUCUCUGUAGAUGUUAAAAAUCCCAGGAUGUUCUUCGAUAAAGAGUUGGGGUUUAACCUCCAUCUUGGCCAAGUCUGCCCACUGGCCUCUGUCCAUCAUAGCCUAACCAUCCCUAUAUCAUAAUUGGCUUCAUCACUUCAAUCAGUUGGUGUGUGUGGUGUGCCGUCUGUCGCAAUAUGGCUGUUGUCGUGUCAUCCAGGUGGAUGCUGCACUGAUGGUGAAUGAGGAGAUUCCCCCAAUGUGUUAAGCGCUUUGAGUAUCCAGAAAAAGCUAUAUAAAUUUAAGGAAUUAUUAUUAUGUUUACUAGUAUAAUCUUAAUCAUAUUAUAAACAGAUUAUUGGUGUUCAUGUAAAUGUACUCAGUGUUGGUUUUACUAAAUUAACAUUUAGCAAAUUAUAAAUAUAAGAACACACACACUCAAUAUAUAUUUAACAUUUCAAAACACAUUCUGAACUUGGUAAAGAGUUAACAUUCACCAACACAUACCAUUUUAAUU